UCAGCUUCGUUGGGGAGCGUUGAGGAGUGUUGAGAGGAGCGUCAGGGAGCGUCGAGGGGAGCAGAGCAGCGCUCGAGGUUUGCCUGGAAGAAGACGCACAACAGACGAACAAAUGAAAGAUCGACAGUUCGGAACGACGAGGCGCUGAAUCGCGAGUGUCGGAGGAUUUCAAGUCGGGGCCCAAGAAGCGCGAGCUUGCGACGAAGGGUCUGCGGACGACGGGAAAACGCGAGCUUGCAGAAACCUAAAGAAUCACGCGGUAAUAAGGAAGGAAGGGAAGGUGGCAAUUCGAGAGUGGGGAUUGGAAGGGCAUCGUUCUCGUGCGCGGGGAGACGAUUUGAAGAAGUUGACCGGAAGAGGAAGAGGAGAAGGAGCGUUAUGUCGUCAAGCAGUGGAUUGACUUUCAAGCUGCAUCCACUGGUAAUACUGAACAUAGCAGAUCACCACACUCGAGUGAAGGCGCAGAGUGGGGGUGCAAGUGGUCGACCUCCGAGAGUUUUCGGGUGUGUUUUAGGCGUGCAGAGUGGGCGGACUGUGGAAAUUUUUAACAGCUUUGAGCUGAAAUAUGAUCCUGCUCUCGAUUGUUUGGAUCGGCAGUUUCUCGAAACCAAGCAGGAACAAUACAAAAAAGUCUUCCCUAAGUAUGAUGUGCUGGGCUGGUAUUCUACCGGAAGUGAUGUCCAAGACUCCGACAUGCUAAUUCACAAGGCGCUGAUGGAUAUCAAUGAAAGUCCUAUCUACAUUCUACUUAAUCCUGCUAUCAACCAUGCGCAAAAAGAUUUGCCAAUAACUUUAUAUGAAAGCGAAUUGCAUGUUAUCGAAGGGGUUCCAUCUCUCAUUUUCGUGAAGUCGAGUUACACUAUUGAGACUGUUGAGGCCGAGAGAAUUUCUGUCGAUCAUGUUGCUCAUAUCAAGCCCUCAGAUGGAAGCACUGCUGCUACUCAAUUGGCAGCCCAUUUGACUGGCAUGCACAGUGCCAUUAAGAUGCUCAACAGUCGAGUCAAGGUUUUACACCAUCAUCUGGUUUCUAUUCAGAAAGGAAACGUUCCGUACGAGCACUCGCUAUUGCGUCAAAUUUCUAGUCUUGUGAGAAGAUUACCAGCAAUAGAUUCAACAAAGUUUCAGGAUGACUUUCUUAUGGAAUAUAAUGACACGCUUCUGAUGACCUACUUGGCUACAAUUACGAAGUGUUCAAGCACGAUCAACGAGCUAGUUGACAAGUUCAACGUAGCCUAUGACAAACAAAGCAGAAGAGGAGGGGGUCGCUCAACCUUCAUCUGAAGGAAUUUCAGAAGAAAGAGGCGCUUCGAUUCGAUAAGAUAGUACACACCACGGAUCCAAAUUUCUGUGUGCCAUAAGUCUUGAAGCCUUGGAAGUCGUCUAAAUGAGGCUGGUAAGAUUCGUGUAUCAUUCGAGUGACACACUGGGACUGUUUCUUUGUCCAGGAGUCAAGUCGCCCUCAAAAGUUAUGAAAUAUUGCAUCCAAGAUAGAGAAGAUAGGUUGAGAAUUUCCUCAUCAGCAGUUGGGUUUGCCCUGCAGACCAAGAGGCUGGUUUUCAUUGUACACGAAGUGUAUCUGUUGAUAAUUUUGCAAUUGUCGUCCUUCUUUGGUAAAAAAAAGGAUAAGUCCAUGAUGACACAAGGUUACGAAGGAAGGUAACAUUCAUACAGAUAUCUGCUAAGAUGUUUGUGUUUUUUCGGAGAUCACGUUCAUGGGGAAUUCUUACAAUUAC